AUGACUAGUGAGAGAACUAAAAAUCUAAGAGAGCUGGAAGCAGCGCUUGGGCUGCUCAAACUAAGUGGAUUCCAAAUGAAUAGAUACUGUACUGGAAAGCAGAUGAGAAAGACAAGGCUGCAGACAUGUGUUCUGAAUAGGAUAUUCGAGAUAUCGAGAUUCCCCUCCUCAAAGACAAUAGUUGAUCUUGCACUGCUCAUCAAUGUCCAUCCAAAGUCGAUUCAGAAGUGGUUUCAGAACACGAGACAAGCAAUAAGAAAGAAGGGGUCCACGAAGGGAGCCCUGUUGCUGGCGGAGUCUGAGGAACACAGUGCUGUGGAUAUACCACUUCCUAUUUUGGCAGACAUUGUCGAGAUUGAGAGACGGACUGUAUCGAAAUUUGGGUUGGAGCGAGUAUUCCUCCAGGACUCGAAUUAA